CAGGUGCGCUGGCAUGAGCGAGGAGCCCGUUGUCAACAAGAUAUACGAGGGUUACGUCAGCGGCGUGAAGGAUUUUGGGUGUUUCGUGGUGCUCAAGGGCGUUCAUGGGAACCGCGAGGGACUGGUUCACAUUUCCGACUUUCGACAGGACAACUUGAGGACGCUUCCCGAUUAUUUGAAGCGCAACCAGCGGGUCUUGGUCAAGGUAAAGAGUUAUUCUGGGAAGCGGAUGAGCCUUUCGAUCAAGGAGGUGGACCAGCGCACGGGCGAGGACUUGUUGCCGACGAUUCCCAAUUUUCAAUAUCGAGAUCGCAUGCAGCAGUUGAGGGACGAGUUCUUUCCGGUGGGCGCGUCUAGACUGCUGGAAGACGCCGACAAGGAGCAGGACCACGAGGCGGAGAAGCAGAAGGCGUUGGCGCUGCUUCGGGACGAUCGCGGUCCUAGACGGGCGAAGCAGCGCAUUUCCUCUCCUGAUUUGUUUGAGUGGGUACAACUUGCGCGCACGGGCGCGGUGGAGCUCGAGGAGCAGCCUUAUUACGACGAGGAGUACGGCGUGUCUCUGCACCCGGAGAGGGACGAGAACUUGGUCGAGCAGGACGUGGAGCUCAACGAGGACAUACCGAUGUUCUUGCGCGCCUACGUCGGUCAGGCUGGUCGGUUGUCGCCGGCGAAGAUAGUCAAGAAUCCGCACGGAUCGCUCCAUUGGGCCACCUUGACUCAGUCCGCGUUGGCGAAGGAGAGGCGCGAGAUGCGAGACGCAAAGAACAACGCGCUGCUUGACAGCAUGCACCGCGACAGCAACUAUUCCUUGAGGGAGGAUCCCAUCUACGAGUUGAACAGCAGACAGGCCAUAGACGCGUUCAUGAAGCAGCCCGCCGCGGACAUCCCCGAGUGGAAGAGGUCGACCUUCGGAUUGGCGACCAAGCUCGGUUGGACGACGAGCAUGAGCAUUCAAGAGCAGCGCCGGUCUCUGCCGGUGUACGCGUUUCGAGAAAAGUUGCUCGAGGCGAUUUCGAACAACAGAAUUCUGAUCGUGGUCGGGGAGACCGGCAGCGGCAAGACGACUCAGCUGACCCAAUACCUGGACGAGUCCGGGUACUCGCUGCGAGGCCGCAUCGGGUGCACUCAGCCCCGCCGCGUCGCGGCGACGUCCGUGGCGCAGCGCGUGUCGGAGGAGGUCGGGUGCAGGCUCGGCGAGAAAGUGGGGUACAGCAUCCGCUUCGAAGACAUGACUUCCCCCGAAACGUGCAUCAAGUACAUGACCGACGGCAUGCUGCUCCGCGAGUGUCUGGUCGACCCGGACCUGAAGCAGUACUCGGCGAUCAUCUUGGACGAGGCGCACGAACGCAGCAUUCACACGGAUGUGUUGAUGGCGCUGAUGAAACAGGCGAUCCUGAGGAGGCCGGACCUGAAGCUGAUCGUGACCUCGGCCACGUUGGAUGCCGAGAAAUUUUCCAAGUACUUCAUGGACUCGCCGAUUUUCACCAUCCCGGGACGCACCUAUCCGGUGGAAAUCCUCUGGACUCGCGAGCCGGAGACCGACUACCUCGACGCCGCGCUGAUCACCGUGCUGCAAAUACACAUCAACGAGCCCCCGGGAGACAUCCUGGUCUUCCUGACGGGACAAGAGGAAAUCGACACCGCCUGUCAGGUCCUGUACGAACGCAUGAAAAAGCUCGGCUCGGACCUGCCGGAACUCCUGAUCUUGCCCAUCUACUCUGCGCUGCCCUCCGAGAUGCAGUCCAGGAUCUUCGAGCCCGCGCCCCCGGGCGCUCGAAAGGUAAUCAUCGGGACGAACAUCGCGGAGACGUCCGUCACCAUCGACGGCAUAUACUACGUCAUCGACCCCGGGUUCGUGAAGCAGAAGGUCUACAACCCCAAGACGGGGAUGGACGCCCUGAUCGUCUGUCCGAUCUCGAAGGCGCAGGCGAAACAGCGCAGCGGACGCGCCGGAAGAACCGGCCCCGGCAAGUGCUACCGACUCUACACGGAGGCGGCAUACAACAACGAAAUGCUGGAUUCUCCAGUUCCGGAAAUCCAGCGCACCAACCUCGCCAACACAGUGCUGACGAUGAAGGCGCUGGGCAUCAACGAGCUGUUCAACUUCGACUUCAUGGACAAGCCCGCCGAGGCGCAGCUCUUCUCGGCGAUGAACACGCUCUACACGCUGGGCGCGCUGGACGAGGAGGGCCUGCUGACUCGUCUCGGGCGAAAAAUGGCCGACUUUCCACUCGACCCGCAGCUCGCCAAAAUGCUGCUCACCUCGGUCGAGCUGGGCUGCAGCGAGGAAGUGCUGAGCAUCGUCGCCAUGCUGAGCGUGCACAACGUAUUCUACCGACCCAAAGACAAGGCGCAGCUAGCCGACCAGAAGCGAAGCAAGUUCUUCCAGCCGGAAGGGGACCACCUGACCUUCCUGGCCGUCUACGAGGGGUGGAAGGCAUCGCGGUUCAGCAACCCGUGGUGCUACGAAAACUUCAUCCAGGCCAGGUCCAUGAGGAGAGCGCAGGAAGUCCGCAAACAGCUCCUGGCCAUGAUGGACCGCUACAAACUCGACAUCGUCUCCUGCGGCAAAAAUUACAACCAAGUUCGAAAAUCCAUCGUCUCCGGCUUCUUCGCCAACGCGGCCAAAAAGGACCCCCAGGAGGGCUACAAGACGACCGUCGAGGGGACCCCGGUGUACAUUCACCCGUCGUCGUCCCUUUUCCAGAAGAACCCGGACUGGGUCAUCUAUCACGAGCUCGUACAGACGACGAAGGAAUACAUGCGAGAAGUUACCGUGAUCGAGGCCAAGUGGCUAGGGGAAUUCGCCCCCAAGUUCUACAAGAUGGCGGACCCCAACAAGAUAACAAAAAGGAAGAAGCGAGAGCGACUCGAGCCUUUCUUCGACAAAUGGAGAGAACCGAACGAAUGGAGAUUGUCCAAAAGAAGAGGCUGAAGCCCCGAAUUUUUUUCGCGAAAGUGCCCGCGACAUCAUCGAAUUUCUCUCGACAGCGCUUGGAUCUACGCGAGCCGUCUCGCUCGCCGGCAAAUAAAGGGCGCCGGUACUCAGCUCUGAGUCAACUGUCCCUACCGCCCCGAAUUUUUUUUUUUUUUACA